AUGUGUGCGUUCAGUGUACCGUUUAGUGUCAAAAUCUCCAACACCACGUUCUGCCCUGCGUAUGGCUCCCACAGUGACGUGAGCCACAACAGCCUGUAUGGUCGUCUCAACCUCGACUUCAAGGGCAUGGUACCGGAUGGUCAUGCCCUCAUCAACCUCGCGCACAACUUCUUCUCCGGCGAUGCUCUGCUCUUUGCUGCCGGCACCCGGGUCUGCCCCACGGAGGCCAGUGGGCCAAGCAACCCGAGUAGUCCCAACACCUUUGAUGCAUUUGCCGGAAAGUGCAAAAUUAAUACAUAUGGCCUGCAGGAUUACUCAGUGACAUGGGCAGGAAAGGAGCUGAGGGGGAGUGUGGCGGGAAACUGCCUGACUCUCACCCCGGACACGGAGUGCUCUUCCAACGCCACCCAGCGCAGCACGGAAGCCUGCCGGGCGUUCUGCGGCAUCACUGCCAACGGCCCGUGCGACGGCCAUGGGGUGUGUGUGCUGCCUGCUGCACCCGCCUCCCCCUCCAACUUCACCUGCCACUGUGAUGCUGGCUACUCUGCUCUCGACUCAGGCAGCGGCUCCACAUGCGCCCUUCCGGUGCAAGCAGGCUCACCAGGCUCCCUUCCCAAGGCCGCCACCGCCACUGUGCCUUUGCUGACCCCAUGGCUGUGGGCUGCUCUGCUGUCUUUGCUCUGCUGCGUCAUGUGA